CACGUGACAAACAAUCAGACACGGGCGUAUUUUUCUCGGGUCAGAGUAUUGUGGAUUUAGGGAAGAAACAACAUUGAGUUACAGAGAUGGAGCAAGGUUACCCAGUUAUGGCUCAACCAACCAAUUUCCAGACCAGCAAUACAACUGUAGUUGUGAAUCAGCCAGCACCCAUCGUGUUUCAGCAGGGAAUGCGAGACUGGAGCUCUGAUCUGUGCGGAUGCUGCGAGGACUGCUACUCUUUAUGUAUGGGAUUGUUUUGUCCAUGUAUUUUACUCUGUGAUGUGUCCCAGAGAAUGGGUGAAGGUUGUUGCUUUGCGACCUGUUGUCCUGGAGCUUUGUUGGGGCUGAGGAUCAAACUCAGGGCACAGCAGAACAUUCAGGGCUCCCUGUGCAAUGAUUACUGCGUGGUUCAAUGCUUACCAACAUGCGUGCUGUGUCAGCUGUCACGUGAGCUGAACCACAUCGGAUUGAGGCAGUGAUUUUGUCACCAAAUUCCGUGAAGAUGUACACUGAUUAUAAGAGUGUUGUAGAAAGAGUCUUGCUAACUUUUUUUAAGCCUGAAAAGCUAAUUUUGCAUGGUUAAGAUGAAGUACUUUCUAAAGAAUUUAGGAAGAACGUUGUAGGAACUGCAUUUAAUCUUUGAUAAAAUAGAACUGUUGAAACUCUCGUUAAAAUGUGAUAAUCGAACGAAAUAAAGCUUAACUUUAGUUUACCAGGCAAUAGAAGACAGAAGCUAUGACAGCAUAAGGAAAAGACACAUCUGACAAGAACUUUAUGUUACAAUAAUUUUGUAAACCGUUUGUAAAAAUAAAGCACCGGGUGACACCGA